CGCGGCUGGCUAAACUCGAUGGUUCGCUGCGCCGCGCCGGCCGCUCUAGCAACCCCUCGGUGUCACGCUUUGGUUUCCGGCUCCGUUCUGGCGGGUCUGAGCGCUCGGACUCCCAGAGAAGAGCUCUGCACGUGGAGAAGAGCGGUGACUCCGCGACACUGCCCUCCCGACCCUCAUGUUCGAAGAGCCUGAGUGGGCCGAGGCGGCCCCAGUAGCCGCGGGCCUCGGGCCCGUAAUCUCACGACCUCAGCCUGCGGCCGCCUUGCAAAACAGAGGCUCCAAGCACCACCAGCUCUUGGCCACAUUACGGACUCUAGAGGCAGCAUCUCUUUCCCAGCAUCCCCCCAGCCUACCUAGCAGUGACUCUGAAGAGGACGAGGAGGAAAGGAAGAAGAAAUGCCCCCAAAAGGCAUCAUUUGCCAGUGCCUCUGUUGAAGUAGGGAAGAAAGGGAAGAAGAAAUGUGAAAAACAGGGCCCACCUUGCAAUGACUCUGAGGAAGAAGUGGAAAGGAAGAAGAAAUGCCACAAACAGGCUCUUGUUGGCAGUGACUCUGCUGAAAAAGAGAAAAGAAAGAGGAAGUGCCAGAAACAUGCCCCUAUAAAUUCAGCCCAGCAGCUGGAUGGUGUUGACCAAACAGGUCCCAAAGCCUGGAAGGGUAGUACUACAAAUAAUCCACCGAAGCAAAGCCCUGGGUCCAUUUCCCCUAAACCCCCUCGUACAUUAAGCCGCAAGCAGUGGCGGAACCAGCAAAAGAACAAAAGAAGACAUAAGAACAAGUUUCGGCCACCUCAGGUGCCAGGCCAGGCUCCAGCUGAGGCCCCCACAGAGAAGACAGAGGUGCCUCCUGUUUCCAGGACAGACAGCCAUGAAGCUCGGGCAGGGGAUUUGCGAGCCCGCAUGGCACAGCGGCUGGAUGGCGCCCGAUUUCGCUACCUCAAUGAACAGCUGUACUCAGGGCCCAGCAGUGCUGCACAGUGUCUCUUCCAGGAAGACCCUGAGGCUUUUCUUGUCUACCACCGCGGCUUCCAGAGCCAGGUGAAGAAGUGGCCACUGCAGCCAGUGGACCGCAUCGCUAGAGAUCUUCGCCAGCGGCCUGCAUCCCUAGUGGUGGCUGACUUCGGCUGUGGGGAUUGCCGCUUGGCUUCAAGUAUCCGGAACCCUGUGCAUUGCUUUGAUUUGGCUUCUCUGGAUCCUCGGGUCACUGUGUGUGACAUGGCCCAGGUUCCUCUGGAGGAUGAGUCUGUGGAUGUGGCUGUGUUUUGCCUUUCACUGAUGGGAACCAACAUCAGGGACUUCUUAGAGGAGGCAAAUCGAGUACUGAAGCCAGGGGGUCUCCUGAAAGUGGCUGAGGUCAGCAGCCGCUUUGAGGAUGUUUGGACCUUUCUUCGGGCUGUGACCAAGCUGGGUUUCAAGAUUGUCUCCAAGGACCUGACCAACAGCCAUUUCUUCCUGUUUGAUUUCCAAAAGACUGGGCCCCCUCAGGUAGGACCCAAGGCUCAACUUUCAGGCCUGAAGCUUCAUCCAUGUCUCUACAAGCGCAGGUGACCUCUGGAUCUUCCUUGAAAGGGGAGGCAGAGCUCAAACUCCAGGCUCAGAACUGUGAGGACUGUUUCCAGCCUGGCUGUAAGCCAAGACCUGGUUCCUGGUGGACCCCAAGGACAAAGUGUGAUAAAAUCUCUGACUCAGCUGGGCAUGUUGGCUCAUGCCUGUAAUCCCAGCACUUUGGGAGGCCAAGGCAGGCGGAUCAUGAGGUCAGCAGAUCAAGACCAUCCUCCUGGGUAACACAGUGAAACCCCGUCUCUACUGA